UUACAAAACCAAUCAAGACCCUCCUCUGUCCCUGCCGGAACUCGGGUAGAAAGGGGAACAAAAAUCAAACGACAAGGAAAGAAAGAAAAGAAAACGAAUGGCCACCGUCUCAACACAAGCUUCUGCUGCCGUUUUCCGGCCAUGUGCUUAUAAGUCGAGGUUUCUCGCUGGGGCUCCAAGUAAACUGAACAGAGAAUUGUCCAUCAAACCAAUGGCAUCGUCAUCUCCUAGCUUCAAGGUUGAAGCCAAGAAAGGAGAGUGGUUACCGGGUUUGCCUUCUCCAUCUUAUCUAAAUGGCAGCCUUCCAGGUGAUAAUGGGUUUGACCCACUCGGGCUUGCAGAGGACCCUGAGAACUUGAGAUGGUUCGUUCAGGCUGAGCUUGUGAAUGGUCGUUGGGCCAUGUUGGGCGUUGCAGGAAUGCUACUGCCAGAAGUUUUCACAAAGAUUGGAAUCAUCAAUGCUCCUCAGUGGUAUGAUGCUGGCAAAGCAGAAUACUUUGCGUCUUCAUCAACCCUCUUUGUGAUCGAGUUCAUACUGUUCCAUUACGUCGAGAUAAGAAGGUGGCAAGAUAUUAAGAACCCAGGAUGCGUUAACCAAGAUCCCAUCUUCAAACAAUACAGCUUGCCUCCAAAUGAAUGUGGGUACCCCGGCGGCAUCUUCAACCCCCUCAAUUUUGCACCCACUCUUGAGGCCAAAGAGAAAGAGCUUGCCAAUGGGAGAUUGGCAAUGUUGGCAUUCUUAGGAUUUGUGAUUCAGCACAAUGUGACUGGCAAAGGACCGUUCGAGAACCUCUUGCAGCACAUCUCAGACCCGUGGCACAACACCAUCGUCCAAACAUUUAGCGGUAACUAAAUUCAUCGGAGAUGAAUUGGAGUCAUCUUGUCUGUUUCUUUACAUGGUUGAAUGCAAUUUGUGUAUCGAUGUAAACAAGUAAACUUCAAUGUACAGGGGAACAAGUGGCAUUAUGAUUCACAUAGAUUGAUCUUUAUUUUA